UAUCUAUAAUUAAGGAGAUUGAAGAGACCAUUAUUAAUGAGACAUGUGAUACACCAUUGUCGUCGUCCAGUGGCCAAGUGACGAUAAUGGAAAGAUUACGUUGUGCUAAUUGCACCAUAGCUACUCAAAGAUUGAAGAGACAUAUAUUGACCGGACCGGAUUAUCAAGAAAUACUGUCUAUAAUAAGGCAGUGGCAUCCAAAUCGCUCGAUUCAAAUCACAGACCACAUAUGUGAUGAAUGUUGGGUAUCUAUUAAUAACGUCCUAUAUCAAAUGGGAGAUUUACAACCACCAGUGUUAGGACACCUAAAUGUAUGUGUUAAUUGUGGUCGAUCACUUAACAAGGUUCGCUCCCAUGCACUUCUAAGAAGAACUGACAGAGCUGUACGCAUAUACAAUGCUAUUGCAAAGUGGAUUCUACCAGAUCAGAUACAACCAGACAGUCAAAUCUGUCACCCUUGUUGGAUGCGAGCUAAGUAUGCUACCUCAUCAACAUCAGAAGCACCAUCUUCAGUAAUUUUUGAAGCGAAAGAUGACGAUGGAGCUCCUGUUUUGCCCCAGCCACUUCCUGAAGAAGUUCCAAGACCGGUGAAUCCAAGUACUUCUACAACUGGGGAAGAAUUUCUUGAUUCCAGUGACCUCUCAUCAGCUACUGAGGAUGAGAGGACUAAUGCUGAUGCUGGAACUUCUUUCUCUGUGGAUUUGGACCAGUCUCGUCAAUCGGAGGUCGAAAAGAACAAAGGAAAUGUUGCCUGCCCCAAAUGUGGCGCGGACUUUAAUGUGGAAAGCAGAGAACAGGAAAAUGUUAACGCAAUUGUGGCCCGCGUGUAUGCGUACUUUGCAAUUGAAAGCACGGGGCUGUCGAGUGCACAGCUCCGGCAGCGCACCGCUGCGUUGACUGGCGUCAGCGAGGCCGACGUUCAGCGCGCAUUGGACCAGAGCCCUCAGACGUUGCAGGAUACUGACGAACCACAAGGCAAACGACGAAGGAUAAAGGAAGAACCCGAUGAAGAGCCUGCAGUGUGUGUGAAACUAGAGUCAGAUGAAAAUAAAUCGGACGGGGAGAAGGACCCGCUAGCUCCGGACGUGGACAUGAAGCCUGAUGUUACAGAGACACACUCCACACAUCCGAGUCAUCUCAUGGUGAGCGAAGGUGAAAUCGUUCAUGCCGUGCUGGACGGGAUUCAUGAUAAGGGGGUUCAGGUGAAGCCGGAUGUGAACCUGAUGACCACCAAGACGGUGCAAACUCGGCCGGUGCGGGUCCGGAACAAGGCGGUGCAGGUUUGCGCCCCGCUCGAGACAGCCUUGGAAUUGGUCAAAGAAGAAACUGAGAAGAUGAUGUUCCGUGUCCACGAGUAUUUGUCCGAAGAGUUUGAUGUGAUAAAGAUGUUGUCUCAGAAGAGGAUGGCGGCGGCCCUGACAGAUGUGACGAGCCGUGCUGCUUGCGCUACCGGCGUCUCAGACAUGUUCAUGCACCGUCUAGUGCAGAAAUUCACCACGACGCCAUCUCAUCCUCCUCCGAACAAACGGAAACGCAAGAGCAAACGGAGUGACAGUUCUACGGAUGUGCAAAAUGCGAAGGCAGACCGUAGCAGUGCCCGGGUCACUGUACCGGCGGCAGAAGAUUGGAAGAUAAUGUCUCCGACAGCGGAUAUAGAUGACAGUAGCGGCGAGACAACGGACGAUGCGCUACAAGAGGAACCCCAUAUAACAAUUAAGGACGAACCGCUUACUGAGGAUUCUAAUAUUGAUCCACUGGAUAGCGACGAAAAGUUUCUCUCGGCAGCUGUAGACACAGCCCCCGUAUUGGAUGAUAAGCAUAACAGUACCUCUCUACAGACCAACGAGUAUAGCGAAGAUGUAAUGGAGAUAAAAUUAGAAUAUGAUUCGGCAGUAAAACUAGAUCACACUUAUCACAAGACCUAGGUCGCGUGGCCCGUGCAAUCAUCAUCAG